CGUCACACUGUACUAUAGAUAAAUCCACAAUCUCGAUGUUUUUAUUCUGUCAAGGUCAAUUGUCAUGGCAGCCAUGGCAACGGACAGUGACUUGUCAACACUUGAUGACCGGAAAGGUAAGUUUAGGCGUUGCCAUGGAAACAAUUACUAGUUGUAUCAGGGAAGUGAAAAUAAAAACAGUUGUGAUGGUCCUGGCCAGUGCGGGCGGACAGCACGCGUGUUGGUGGCGGAGCGAGGUCGAGUGCGCGUAGGACAACGCGCGGUCAUCGGCCGUUCACACCAGGCGCGGAUCGUGCCGCGUGACAGUUCCAUAUUCAAAUGCGUGUGACGGGCUCGCGCUGGCCGUAUGUGUUGCAUGGUGCUGGCAGCGUGCGAGGAGUGCUACUUCCUCGUGUUGAGCGCGCUGCAGAGCUGCCCGCGCGGACGACAUGAGCGUGUCCGUGCGAUCAGUAUUGGUGGAAGGCCCUCAGGUUGCAAAAACCAAGGGACCGUUUACAUAUGCUAAUACGCCCAGGGCUCUCUACAACAAUGUCAAACUCAAAAAAAACCCUUCGUGCGGCGCUCUGGGCGCGCAGUACGCCAACAUGAUGCACGAGAAGCGCGUGGUGCGCGGCAGCACGUUCACGUCGCACCCGCUGGCUGCGGGCGAUGGCAUCGAGUCGGCGGCGCAGCGCGCGGCGCGCACGCGACGGCGGGCGCUGGCGCGGCGCGCGGCGGCGGCGCGGCUGCGGCCCGGCACGCCGCCGCCCGCGCCCGGCCGCCGCCACCACCCCAUACAGACCGAGUACUACUUGGAGGAGCUGUUCGACAAGGGUGUGGAGAUGGAGGUGGGCGUUCAGACGGACCUGUUCGUGGACCGGCCGGCAACGCCAGUGUACGUGCCCGCCAAGACCGGCGCCGACGCCUUCACACAAAUAUAUCCGGGAGAUUUAUUCGACUUUGAUCUGGAGGUGCAACCGAUACUAGAGGUCCUCGUAGGCAAGACAACGGAGCAAGCGCUGGCCGAGGUGGCCCAGGAGGAGGAGCUGGCCACGCUGCGGGAGCAGCAGCGGCGCUACUGCGAGCUGCGCGACGCCGAGCUGGCGGAGCGGCAGCGGCUGGCCGCCCACGACCUGCGCCUGCACCAGGAGAAGGAGCGGCGCGUGGCGGAGGCACGCGUGGCGCAGAUCGCGGCCACCGAGGCGCGCGAGCGGGCCGCGGCCGCCGUGCUGGUGCAGGGCUACGUGGCCGAGCUGCUGCCCUCCGUGCUGGCCGGCCUGCGCGACCAGGGCUACCUCAUGGAGAGGAUCGAGCGCGGCAUUGAUGAAGAGUUCAUGCCGUGGCUUGUAGAGGAAGUUUCACGUGAAAUCGAGUCUCUAAUCACCAGUCGGGAUGUCAUUAUAGAGAUAGUCCGCGAUGUGGUGGAGGCGCGAGCGGAGCUGUACCACGCGGCGGGCGAGCGCGAGGCGGAGGCGGGCGAGUCGGACGAGUCCAUCACGCCGGGCUCCGUGACGCCGGGCGAGCAGGAGGAGGAGGUUGAAGAAGAAUAAUCUGGCGACAGCAACGCCAGGUGCUCGACCAAACACACACCGACCACAGCUCAAGAGACAGACUUUACGACGCGACGACGGUCCCAGAGCUUUUGUGAUGUUAUUAACUAGUUUCGGUCCUAUGAACUAGGUAUUUCAUUAAAAGAAAUUUAGCGUUAACUAAAUCGAAAGAAAUCAUCUACGUCGUUCGGCAAGCUUGGCCGGUCGGCUAAGUCCGUUAGAAACCAUAAUGUAUGUAAGUACGCUGACUCAUCUUAAUGAGAGGAAAAAGAGGUUUCAACAAGCUUAAGACCGAGCCAUAGACCCUGUUGUUUUGUAUAUUGUUACGUAUUUUUAGGAUGCCUACUUUGUUUUGUUUAGACCCUGUAUAAACGUUUAUUGAAGGUAUUUAGUUUUUAA